AUGCAGGCUGCGGACCAGAACACUGCGGCAGCGACCGGCAAUCCGCCCGCUGCUGCUGCUGCUGCUGCUGCUACGACUACUUCUCCACCCGAGGUUGCCGUCGGACCCGUCGUAGAGGCCGUCGACCCAGAUCCCCAUGCUGCGGCUGAGGACGAUCAUGAUUCUUUAGCGGACACAGAGAGCAUCAUUACGGACUCGACUGCUUCGCUGGCGGAGAGCAUCACCGAGUAUCGUCGAAUCCACGGUCGCACUUACACGCAAAAGACAGAUUACUGGGGUCCCAACGAUGACCAGCAAAAUGAAGGUCUCGAUCUUGAGCACUACUGGGAGACCCUCCUCCUAGGCGACAAGCUCUUCCUCUCGCCGCUUGGAGAGAACCCUGGGAAAGUCCUUGAUUUGGGCACCGGAACCGGUAUCUGGGCUAUGGACUUCGCCGACGAGUUCCCCUCAGCCGAGGUGACUGGCGUCGACAUCUCGCCCAUCCAACCCGGCUGGGUUCCCCCCAACUGCAAAUUCCAAGUCGACGACGUCGAGCAGCCCUGGACAUGGACGCCCGACUUCGACUUCAUCCACCUGCGCCACAUGGAAGCCUGCAUUUCCGACUGGCCGGCCUUUUACAAGCAGAUUUACGACCACCUGAAGCCCGGAGGCUACUUUGAGAUCAAGGAUUUCGACAUCGAGUUCCGCUCGCAGGCGUACGGCGACGACCUCCCGGAGGACCACAUCUACCGGCGGUGGGGCAAAGUGUUCUUCGAGGCGGCGAACCGGCUCGGCAAGUCGAUGGACCAGUCGCGCGGCGAGCACAAGAUCGCCGACGCCCUGAGGGACGCCGGGUUCGUCGACGUCGUCGAGAAGAGGUGGGCCGUGCCCAUCGGCGGCUGGCCCAAGGACCCCCUCCUGAGGGAGGUCGGCAUCUGCAACCUCGAGUUCCACGACCAGUCCCUCGAGGGCUUCUCCAUGUUCCUGCUGACCCAGGUGAUGGACUGGGAGACCAUACCGGCCGGGGUCUUCGUGGCCGAGGCACGCAAGGCCCUGAAGGAUCCCAAGCUUCAGACGGUCAUUUACUUGCAAAAUGUGUACGGACGUAAGCCAGAGGAAUCCGGGUAA